GGACUACGAUCCACCUUUGAUGCCUCACGAAGUCGCACCUGCAGAACUCUAUGAGGUCUAUCAGGGGCCUCAUGUGAAGCCGUUGAAAGUGAUCCGAAUCCGUCAAUAUCGUAAGGCUGUUCCAAGGCAUCUUCGAGAGCUGGGGCACUUUCAGGUAUCAAAAGAUGAGCCAAGAUCAAGAUCUCCUGCAGAGCACAGAUCACCUCUUGGACAAAAGUUUGCAGACUUCGGAGACAUGUCUCUACCCAGGGGUAAAGGUGCCCGAUUUGAGGCUCCUCAAUCUGAUGAUGAGAAGAAAGAUGACGAGCGACCGAGCAUCCUGAAGGUGCCAGAUGAUGGAAUGGGUAGACGACCCACCAGCAAGAGCAUCAAAAGUUCAAAGCAGCGAAGCACUGUGCUCUCGGAGACCUUGGCGGAGAUUGUCAAGGAGCGUAAGGCUGAAGAAAUGAAGGAUGCCUUGAAAGCUAAGAUUUAUGAAAAGGACAUGAUGGCGAAGAAUGUUGGUAGCAAAGCAGCUGAAGUGGUGAAGAGUAUGGAUGUGGAUCUUUCCAGGCUGGACAAGCAGCGGCAAACCAUGCACCAGUUCAUCUCUUCCUCUUUCUUUGAUUCCUUCAUCGGUCUGAUCAUUCUGGUGAAUGCCGUCAUCAUUGGAUAUGAAGCUGAAUUGAGCGUCCAAAUACCAUUUGGUUGUGAUGAGCAAUGCAAGUGCGACCAGGCAACCUCGACAGGGAAUUGCUUUGCGAUGCCUCAGUGGCUACAGGCUGUCGACUACGUCUUUGCGGCAGUAUACAUCGCAGAAUUUUGCUUGCGGCUGUAUACCUAUGGCAUCCCUGUACUGCGGAGCAACUGGGUAAAGUUCGAUCUCUUCUUGAUUCUGUCCAGCAUGUUGGACAUCGCCCUCAAGCAAGUGGCCACAGUCAGUGAGGUUUUGACUCAGAUUUUGCUGGUUCGGAUCUUGCGCCUAGCACGCCUGGCCCGUGCAGUGCGUCUAAUGGUGCAAUUCCGUGUGCUGUGGCAGCUGGUUCAAGGUUUGCUUCACAGUGUGAGCACCUUGUUGUGGACCUUUUUGAUGGUGAUGAUUUUGGUCUAUGGCUUCGCCAUUGUCGGCAUUGAGACAAUUCAUGUUGACUUGUCUCUGCCUUUGGACCACCCCUACAACCUGGCAGUGACAGAGAACUUUGAGUCCUUCAGUGACGCAAUGCUGACGCUCUUCCAGUGCUUUACCCUGGACUCUGCUGGGCAAGUGUACCGGCCUCUGAUCACACACAACCCUGUCCUGAUUGCAUACUUCAUGACAGUCAUCCUCGUCAUGGCGGUGUCACUGAUGAACUUGGUGACCGCAGUGAUGGUGAAUUCUGCCUUGGACCAAGCAAGCGAAGAUAAAGAUGUGAAGCGAGCCUACGAAGCAGUGCAGAAGCGAAAACAGCUGGAGCAGCUGAAAGUGAUGUUCUUGGAACUCGAUAGUGACGGUUCAGGUGAGCUGACUCUGGAGGAGUUAAAAGGUGCACCCGAAGAAGUGCGCGAACAGUUGAAGGAGGUGGCAGGCACUGAGGACAUCGAAGGCCUUUUCCAGAUGUUGGACUACGAUGGCGGUGGCUCCCUGGACACCGAUGAGUUCUGCGAAGGUGUGUUGAGAGCAUCCACAAGUGAGAAGCCAUUGGAGCUGACGCGUUUGGUGAAGCAAUGCUCUGACAUCCUAAAACUUUGUCGAAAUAUGUACGUUUAUCAGAGCUCUCAGAAGUUCGACAUAGGAGAUUUGGAAAGAAAGAUGAAACAACUUGAGAAGAUGGAAAGCCUCCAAUUGGACAAUGCCAUAAACGCCCGCAUGGAGCACGGCAUGGAGCAGCUACAAAGUGAUUUGGGUCGAAUUAUGAAUGCUCUGCGAGUGGAGGGACGUUGACCAUGUUGACCUCGCCCAUUUGCACAUGGCGCCCAGUCCUGCUGAAAUGGCGG